AUGAUGAUGAGAAUGAUGAAGGACCGAAGCCUUCAACCAGAUGCCGUGUGCAUCAACGCAGCUCUGUCAUCUCUGGGGGCUUCUGGGCAGUGGCACCUUGCAUUACAUGUUUUUGAUGAAGUUAAGCGAAUGGCACAGUUGGCUUUGAGCAGAGGAUCGCCUGCAGCACGUCUUCUUGAUGUGGGUGUGGUGAACACAGCCGCAAAUGCUUGUGAGAGGUCGUCUCAAUGGCGCACUGCACUCAAACUCUUUCACGAGCUUUGCUCCAGAUCCAUGGGUCUUGGAAUCAGACCAGACACAGUCACUUUCAACGUUGCCAUCUCCAGUUGGGGACAAGGUCUACACUGGAAGCAUGCCUUGAAGAUUCUGGCCCACAUGCGAUAUUGGGAGAAGAUGCCAGACGAAGUGACUUACUCCUCAGCCAUCAGUGCAUGUGAGCGAUCCCUCCAAUGGAUGCAUGCGCUGGCACUGCUCGACAUGAUGAGGUGCCAGGCGCUUCCCCCCAACCUCCUGUGCUAUGGUGCGGCGGUGGGCGCAGGUGAUUGGAGGUUUGCCUUCCAACUAUUGGAGGCGAUCAAGACAGAGCGGUUAGAGCCUACCACCAUUUGCUUCAAUGCGGCGAUUGCUGCUUGUGGGCGCAGCCACGAAUGGCAGCAAGCACUGAGGCUGAUAACACAGAUGCCGUUUGCUGCCCCUCCGAACAUGAUCACAUUCAACUCAACGAUCACCAGUUGCGAACGGGGCACUGCUUGGGAUAUUGCCUUGGCCCUUCUGGAGAAGGUUUGCAUCGAAGUGGCCAUGGGCGCUGCACCUAGCAGUUUCCUCAGUUUACAGCGAGAAAAGCCGGUGUGGGCCCUGUGUGACUUCAUGGGCCACCAUGCUGCGAGCGGCUUUGUGCCAGAUCCCAUGAUUUUGAGGCCGGCCGCGGUGAAGAAGCUUUGCGCUUCAUCCGUGAGGCUGCAGGUCUGGGGCCCUGCGAUGGCGAUCUUUGCAGUGCUCGCAGCGGUGGCCGUGACACCAUCAUGGCCUGUUUGGUUUUGGUACCAUCCAGCCGCCAUGUUACUAGGUUAUGUUGUCCUCAUGGGCAACGCAACCUUGGUGAAAAAGAUUGGUGGCCUGCGAGCAACCAAGAUCCAUGGCUACCUCAUGGGUGCUGCCAGCGUGGCAGCUGCCUUCGGUUGGUAUGUGAUCCAUUCCAACAAGGAGGCGAUGGGAAAGCCACAUAUUACAACCUGGCAUGGACUAUCAGGUUUGAUUUGCUUGCUUUCAACCUUCAGCAUGGCAGUUGCCGGAACGGGACUUCUCGACCCACACAUUGGCAUGAUGAAGACCUCCAAGACAGUUAGAUUCUUUCACCGGAAUGCUGGCAGAAUACUUAUUGGAUCGGCCUUUGCCUGCAGUGCAUUGGGCUGGUCCACGGUCCAGAAGCAAGCCUUGCUGCCGGUGGUUCUGUUCGCAUCGCCCCUGUUGAUGUUCAUGAAGGCUAGGUCUUACUUUGAGCAGUGCGGCUUGCGAGGGACCUGUACAAAGGGCGGAUGGUGA